AUGGGGAUAGUAGAAGAAUCGCUGGUUAACGCGAAACUUUCGCCGCCAAAUUCGUAUUCUGCAGUGGUUCUUGGUGGCACCUUUGACCGUUUACACGACGGCCACCGCCUCUUCCUCAAAGCAGCCGCAGAACUGGCGAAGGAUCGUAUUGUGAUUGGAGUCUGUGACGGUCCUAUGCUAAAGAACAAGCAGUUUGUGGAAUUAAUACAGCCCAUCAAUGAAAGGAUGCAUAAUGUUGAAAGUUAUAUCAAGUAUCUGGAAUUGUGGGUUGAGAGUUUUAGAUCAGGCAGGUUUAUUGGGUUGGUACAGCAGCAAUACAACAAUGGCUACAUAGACAGUGAAACUGGAAUUGUCAUCGUCAGUCUAGAUGGUAAAGUAGUAAUGCUAUGGACUACUAGCACUGCAUCAAAAUCCAGCAUAUUGUCACAUGGUUCUAUUAAGCCAGAACUUGUUGUGCAAGCUGAACCCAUCACAGAUCCUUAUGGGCCUUCAAUUGUUGAUGAAAAUUUGGAGGCUAUAGUUGUUAGCAAGGAGACAGUGGCUGGUGGGUUGUCAGUUAAUAAGAAGAGAGCUGACAGAGGCCUUUCACAGCUUAAGAUUGAAGUUGUAGACCUAGUUCCUGAAGGAUCUAGUGGAGAUAAGCUUAGCUCUACGACAUUAAGGAGGCUUGAGGACGAGAAGGCCAAAAUACAACUAACAGCAACAGAGUCAUAG